GGUUCCUCGAUCAGUCGCAGUAAAAAACGAACCGUCAACGAGCAUACUAGCGUGUUAUUUAGUACAAUACAAACCAUUGCACUGUGAUGCAUUCACGCACGUAGCGGUUACUUCGGAUGAAAUGCAUUGAAUUUGAUAAAAGAAAUUUACCAUGAUUUGUCGAAACCUUUUAUCUCUUAUAAUCGCGUGCUCUGCUUUAAAUGGUAUGUCGUUGGCAGCCACCAGAAUGAUAAAAGAAUCUCAUAUGAUUAACCGUCAGAAGAGAGUGAGCCCGGAAGAUACAGCUGACCGACGGGACACGUCCGCGGACAGUCAACAUUUCUUGCCCGCGUUCGGACCGCUGUUCAGCCAAAUCGGUCAUUCUCGUCCGCCCAGGCUGUACCAGGAGUCAGAUUACCUGCCCGAGCUGACGCCGCCGUAUCUGACCAUGGCCGCGUCCAACCAAGAAAGCGCCAUGUUGGGCUCCGGCAACUUCGGCGUCAUACCCGGCGGCACGUACUACUCGGCCGGCGAGUCCGCCGCGUCCGUGUCCGACCCGUUCCUGUACGACGGCAACAGCCACGGCCGACCGCACCGGUAUGUUCAGGGACAGCGAAUAAAUGCUAAUAGGUUUUCUGGAAAUCCAAGACCAUCGGCAUUCCGUGAUCCGGAUGACUUUUUUGCUGGAUUCCGAGACUUUGCGGAUAUCACAGCUCCAACCAAGUCGUCUUUCUCACAAUACCAUAUGGUAUACGCUCCAAUAGAUGAUUUACCUGCCAGCGAAGAGAAGGUCAAGUCAAAAACGAAGAGAAAGUUGAAUAAACAUUUAGAAAACGAGAAGGAUAAAACAAUAAAAGCUAAAAGAAAAAUGCAUAUGGGCGAAAAAGAGUUAUACGAACCGAUGAUUGCACUCAGUCGAUAAUGAAGAUCAAUUUAUUUCAAUGUACAAAUUUUGAGAAACUCUUUUCUGUUGACUGUAUAUAUAUAUAUAUAUAUACUUAUAUAUAUGUUAUGGUAAAAAUAUAUCAACAUUCUAACCAGAAAAGUUGGUGAGUUUUCUCUCUAACUAUAAACUUAGUUUUGGCAUGUUAACAAGGUAUAUUUUAUCAUUAAAAUAUUUGUUUUCCCAAAAUAUACUAGAUUCUGAGUAAUAAAUA